CACAACUACUCCUAUUUACCAAACUAUCACCCGGUGUUCUUCCAUACAUACGAUCAUUUUUAGUUGAUAAAGGUUAUUACACAGACAUUUGAAGCUUUUGUGGUGAACCAGCUGGUAGACAUGGCGACCCUGAACUUAUCGGCAAAUGGACCUUCGAUAUCAAAGAGCUAUCAGAAUGUCGUGAACUCUUCUUUUGCGGGUUCUGACACAAAAUCUCCUACUUAUGGACAAUGGGCGAUCUUCUCUGUCUCUACACCACUCGUCAAUGCAUUCCAGAAAGAGAGUUCUAACAAAGAAAGUGUCUUGAAGGUUCAAGAUACCGGAGCCGGGGAAUUGGCGGAUCUUAUCGAUGAAUUUUCAGAAGGGAAAAUACAGUUCGCUUAUGUCAAGGUUGUAGAUCCGAACACGGGUCUUCCCAAGAAUGUUCUCAUUGCCUGGUGCGGCGAAGGUGUCCCUGAACGGACAAAAGGAUAUUUUACCAGUCAUUUGUCUGCCGUUUCGAAGUUUUUGCACGGAUACCAUGUACAGAUAACUGCUCGCUCGGAGGGAGACCUAACCGCCGAAGGAAUCAUACAGAAAGUUGGCGACUCAUCCGGCGCAAAGUACACCCCAGGUGCAGCCCAACAACCAUCCUUGACACCCAAGCCGCCGAUAUCGACGAAGCCUGUUUUCACCCCUAGCCGAACUGCUGGCAUUGAUCUGAGAGCAGGGGGAUCGGGCCCACAGCGGGUAGUCCGGAGCCAUGAUGACAAUGAUGGCUGGGGCCCUGAUGCGCCACCUGUUACUAGGACCGAACUUGAAAAGGUCCAACCUGCCUAUAAGCCGACGAAGGUUGAUAUCCAGAAACUGAGGUCAGAGACAAGAGAUGCCACGGCCGUGAAUGAAGCGCAGCGUUCUGAGGAUCGUGGCGAUAUUGUCAAAGGCGGUUACCAACCUGUUGGGAAGGUAGAUAUUGCCACAAUCCGGAAACAGGCCCGCGAAGCAGGCAACUUUAGUGAUGAUAAGCCAGAGCCUGUGCGGGGUGCAUAUGAGCCCGUCGGAAAAGUCGACAUCGCUGCAAUUCGGUCCAAAGUACAGAAGCCAAACGUUUCUACAGCUGACAACGAGCGCGGCUCUCACGAAUUGACUAAUGCAGCGCCAUCCAGCAGUUCGGAGCGUCUGAGCAGCUUACCGAAGCCGAAAGUGGCGAACAAGUUCGGUAUUAAUUCAGCGUUCGUGGGUACAAAACCGCCUCUGCCUGUUGUCCCUUCUACAAAGGCGGGCUCUUCUACCGCACAGAUUGGCAGUGCAAGCCGUACAUUUGCCGAUGAGGGUGGAAAGACGCCGGCACAACUCUGGGCAGAAAGGAAAGCUAAAGAGCGUGGACAAGAGAAUGUAUCGGCCCCGCUACCGUCGAAUGGCACCACUGCCAUCAACCAGGAAAGUGAAAGGGGGGAAUGGAAGAGUUCCUAUAGCGGCAAAACUUGGGCCCCGGUUCAGACCACAAACACCGGCAAGUCCUUCGAUAGUGACGUUCCCCAGCCGUACCAGGCGUCAGAUUCUGCUCCUACUGAGUCGACCCAAAUUGAUACCCAAACUCCCCAACCAAGUGUCAGUGCUAUCAGGGAUCAAUUUUCUCAAGGCCCUGCGCCAGAUUCUCCUCUGGUACGAGAAAAUGCCAAGAAUAGCAGCCAUUCCAUUCCUUUACCUGGCCUGCGGGUCGAUUCGCAGGACUUGGAAGCUCCUCAAGAGUCUGUAACUCGUCAAGAGCUUCCCACCCCGCCGCAACAGCCUCGAUCUCCGACCCCACCUAGUCCGGAGCGCGAAACUUCCCCAAUACGCGUUGCCCUACCCGUGGGUAAAGGACCUACUGAUGUUCACGAGGAGCAACGCUCGCCACCUGUGAUACCCAUUGGAAGUCUACAAGACGCAGUGCCCAAAGAAGAGGAGCUGGAGGAUGAUGUGCACGACAUUGGACGGGCGACGGCCCAAGCUACUGUUGGUGAUGAAAUGCAAGAAGACGGGAUCAAAGCUCUCGUACAGUAUGAUUACGAGAAAGCAGAAGAUAAUGAGAUCGAACUGAAGGAAGGCGAGUACGUUACUAAUAUCGAGAUGGUUGAUCAGGACUGGUGGUUAGGGUCGAACGCCCAGGGAGAUAGAGGUCUUUUCCCCAGCAAUUAUGUGGAGGUAGUUGCAGAUGAGGAACAGACCCAGGCGGCUUCAGGACGUCACGAAGAUACGGUUGAAUCGGAUUCUCCAGUACCUGUCACGAAAGUCACUGAAUCUCCGGCUCCGGCUCCGGCUCCGGCUCCCGUGCCAAUCAAUGAGUCUACUGCGACGGCUCUGUAUGACUAUGAAGCCGCUGAAGAUAACGAACUCAGCUUUCCUGAGGGCGCUGAAAUAACUAACAUUGAAUUCCCCGAUGAUGAUUGGUGGUUUGGUGAGUACCUUGGUAGAAAGGGGCUCUUCCCAGCCAACUAUGUGCAACUUGCGAAAUAAAUGCCGUGCAAUCCUUGUCUGCUGCAGACUCGCUGAGUGCGACACCCGAACGUGGCCGAGCAUGAAGAAAUCAACUGGCGAGGGGAAAAUAACAGAAGUAUGUCUGCGAAGGUGCAACUCUCCUUGGCAGGUUGUUGUUUGGGGGAGGGGCUUGUUUCCUGCCUUUGGUGCUUUGUAAAUGUACUUAGUAUGCACUUGUUAUCAAUUCAUAGUGUAUAGUUUCGAGCCUUUUACUGUUUGGUCAGCGGGGUCAAAUAUUU